AUGGUAAGCCUGUCGAACCAGCUGAGCGGGGAGAUACCGCCGGAAUUGGGCAACCUAGCAAACCUGACACGGCUGAAGCUCUCAGAUGACCAACUGAGCGGGUGUUUGCCAAGCAGGCGGAACGGAAGGCGAAUCGCCGACGGGUCAGAGGACUGUUCGAGGUUUCCGGACAAGAUUCACACCGGCGAGUUGAAUACCGUCAGGUCGGAAGCGUCCCUGAUUUUCUCAGAUUAUGGCGAGCCCGUGAACAUCCAGGAGCCCUGGCCGCUGGCCCCCUCCGGCGUCGGGCAAAAAGGAGCAGACUUUAUGGAACUACGGGAAGCAGUCAAAUCCGGUUUAGACAACCUGACCAACUUCGAGGGACGGGCGACCCGGUCGGAAUUCUGGUGGUACUGGGCAGCAAUUGCCGUCCCGGCCAUCAUCCUGUCCAUGAUAUUUUCAUCGUUUAUCCCCCUCGUGGGGGCGCUCAUCGGGCUGGCCGCGACCGGGCUCGCCCUCUCAGCGGCCGUGCGGCGACUGCACGAUUCCGGACGACCCGGAAUGUGGAUGGUGCCUUUCGUCGUCGUGACCUCCUUGCUUACCCUCGUGGCCUUUAUCGCCCUGUUUUCGGGGGCCUGGGUGCUGGCGCUCCUGGCGAGCUAUGUGGGAGCGGUCAUCCAGCUAGUCGUGGGCUUGGUGGUGCUGUACUUUUUGGUCCAGCCAAGCGAUACCGGCUCCAACCGGUCCGCGGUCCUCCUUGCGUGUGUCUUGGUGUCCGUGCUGCUGUUGGCUGCCUGCGGAGGUGGGGGCGGAGCGAAAGACAUCGCGGAACAAACGUGGGACUGCAUGGCCGAGAACGCCGAGAACCCUGAGAUUUUCGAGCAAAGCAUGCUCAUGAUGCUUCCCACAGCGAGCAACCUUGAAGAGGCGAAGGAAAUGUACAUCUACCGGGAAAGCACCUGCUUCGGGCGCUUGCGCGAGCUGAAGAUGAUUGUAGACCUGCUGUCCCGGGGAGGCGGUCACCGUAUUCACUGCUUGGUCAGCGACACCGCCGGGUACGGCAGCCUCAGCCGCCGCGACCGCAUCGUGGAGACCGUCGGCAGGGAACUGCUCGCCAUGAUGUCCUGGAUGGCCCCCAAGUAA